AUGCCAGAGCCUGCAAAGAAAACAGUUUCUGCAUUUACCAAGAAGCCGAAGACAACAGAGGUGCUGGCCGGAAGCACAGCUGUGUUUGAGGCAGAGACAGAAAAAGCUGGCAUCAAGGUGAAGUGGCAGAGAGCUGGCACAGACAUUACUGAAAGUGAGAAAUAUGGCAUCAAGGCAGAAGGAAACAAGCAUUCACUGACAAUCAAUAAUGUAGGAAAAGAAGAUGAUGUGACAUAUGCUGUAAUAGCUGGAAGUUCCAAGGUCAAAUUUGAACUCAAGGUCAAGGAACCAGGUACUGGGAACCGAGCCGCCCCGGCUGAAGCUACUCCAGCCCCAGCUGCCCCAGAGUUACUUGCUCAACCAGUAGAAAGCAGCCAAAAGACAGAAGUUGCACCUGUUGAGACUAAACCAGAAGAGCCUCUCGACCCUAUUGGGCUCUUUCUGACACGACCCCAGGAUGGAGAAGUUACUGUUGGUGGAAACAUCACAUUCACUGCCACAGUGGCUGGGGAAAGCCUGCUGAAGAAACCAUCAGUGAAAUGGUUCAAAGGGAAGUGGAUGGACCUGGGAAGCAAAGUGGGGCAACAUCUCCAGCUACAUGACAGUUAUGAUCGAAAUAAAAAGGUGUACACCUUUGAAAUGGAAAUCAUAGAAGCAAACAUGACUUUUGCAGGAGGCUACAGAUGUGAGGUGUCUACCAAGGACAAGUUUGAUAGUUCUAAUUUCAACCUGACAGUAAAUGAAGCACCAAUAACUGGAGACUUGGAUAUUCGCGCUGCCUUCCGACGCACGAGCCUGGCAGGAGGGGGCAGACGGAUGACUUCAGCCUUUCUCAGUACCGAGGGACAUGAAGAAGGUGGAGAGUUUAAUUUUAGUGCCCUGCUGAAAAAGAGAGACAGCUUUUUGCGCUCAUCAAAAGGAGGUGAAGCAAAAUCUGAAUCACAAUCUGAUGUUGAUGUCUGGGAAAUCCUGAGGAAAGCUCCUCCUUCUGAAUAUGAGAAAAUAGCUUUUCAGUAUGGAAUCACAGAUUUGCGUGGGAUGCUGAAACGCCUCAAACGCAUCAAGUCCCUAAUUAAAAAAUCAUUCUUAAUCUUAGCAUUCCUCAAGAAACUGGAUCCAGCUUACCAAGUGGACAAAGGGCAAAAGAUUAAAUUAAUGGUUGAAGUUGCCAAUCCAGAUGCUGAUGUGAAAUGGCUGAAGAAUGGACAAGAGAUCCAAGUGAGCGGCAGAUAUAUUUUUGAGGCUGUUGGGAAUAAGCGAAUACUGACCAUAAACCACUGUUCUCUGGCUGACGAUGCAGCAUAUGAAUGUGUGGUAGGGGAUGAGAAGAGCUUCACAGAAUUAUUUGUAAAAGAACCUCCAAUCCUUAUCACUCACCCACUGGAGGACCAGAUGGUGAUGGUUGGAGAAAGAGUGGAGUUUGAGUGUGAAGUGUCUGAGGAAGGAGCUACUGUGAAAUGGGAAAAGGAUGGGGUUGAGCUGACACGGGAAGAAACAUUCAAAUACCGAUUCAAGAAAGAUGGAAAAAAGCAGUAUCUAAUUAUUAAUGAGUCAACCAAGGAGGACAGUGGACACUACACUGUGAAGACCAAUGGUGGAGUAUCAGUCGCUGAACUAAUUGUACAAGAGAAAAAGCUGGAAGUUUACCAGAGCAUUGCAGACCUGACAGUGAAGGCACGCGACCAGGCAGUCUUCAAGUGUGAAGUUUCUGAUGAAAAUGUGAAAGGAAUCUGGUUGAAAAAUGGAAAGGAGGUGGUCCCAAACGAAAGGAUAAAGAUCUCCCACAUUGGCAGAAUCCAUAAGCUAACGAUUGAGGAUGUAACACCAGAUGAUGAGGCCGAUUAUUCCUUUAUCCCCCAGGGAUUUGCUUACAACCUUUCUGCCAAGCUUCAGUUUUUGGAGGUCAAGAUUGAUUUUGUACCAAGAGAAGAACCUCCCAAAAUCCACCUUGACUGUCUGGGCCAGUCCCCUGACACUAUUGUCGUGGUGGCUGGGAACAAAUUGAGAUUGGAUGUUCCCAUAUCAGGAGACCCAACACCCACUGUCAUCUGGCAAAAAGUAAACAAGCUUCUGUUUGAAUCUGAAGGCAGAGUUCGUGUGGAGAAGCAUGAAGACCACUGUGUUUUCAUCAUUGAAGGAGCAGAAAAGGAGGAUGAGGGAGUAUACAGAGUUACAGUUAAGAAUCCAGUGGGAGAAGAUAAGGCCGAUAUCACAGUCAAAGUUAUCGAUGUGCCUGACCCUCCGGAAGCUCCCACAAUCAGCAACAUUGGAGAAGAUUACUGUACUGUGCACUGGCAACCCCCUAAAUACGACGGUGGUCAACCAGUACUUGGCUAUAUUUUAGAGAGAAAGAAGAAGAAGAGCUAUCGAUGGAUGAGGCUGAACUUUGACCUUUUAAAAGAGCUAACCUAUGAAGCCAAGCGAAUGAUUGAAGGAGUAGUUUAUGAGAUGCGGAUUUAUGCUGUGAAUUCUAUUGGCAUGUCCCGGCCAAGCCCUGCCUCGCAACCCUUCAUGCCAAUUGCUCCUCCAAGUGAGCCAACCCACUUUACCGUGGAAGAUGUUUCUGACACCACUGUCACCUUGAAGUGGAGACCCCCUGAACGGAUUGGAGCGGGGGGAUUAGAUGGUUAUAUUGUGGAAUACUGCAAAGAUGGAUCUACAGAAUGGAUUCCAGCUCUUCCUGGCCUAACUGAGCGUACAUCUGCCCUGAUUAAAGACCUGGUCACAGGGGACAAACUACAUUUCCGUAUAAAGGCUAUAAACUUGGCUGGUGAGAGUGGGGCAGCGAUAAUCAAAGAGCCCGUUACUGUUCAAGAGAUCCUGCAGCGUCCGAAAAUCUGGUUGCCACGCCACCUCAGACAGACUCUGGUGAAGAAAGUGGGUGAGACCAUCAAUAUUGUGAUCCCUUUUCAGGGUAAACCAAGACCCAAAAUCAUAUGGAUGAAAGAUGGCCAAACUCUGGAUUCCAAAGAUGUGGGAAUUCGGAACAGCAACACGGACACAAUCCUUUUUAUCAGAAAGGCAGAGCUUCAUCACUCAGGAGCAUAUGAAAUCACUCUUCAGAUAGAAAACAUGACUGAUAAAGUUGCAAUAACAAUCCAAAUCAUAGACAAGCCUGGUCCUCCUCAGAAUGUAAAGCUUGUAGAUGUUUGGGGAUUUAAUGCAGCCCUGGAGUGGACACCUCCACAAGAUGAUGGCAAUGCACAGAUCUUGGGCUACACAGUCCAGAAAGCCGACAAAAAGACAAUGGAAUGGUAUACUGUUUUUGAUCACUAUCGUCGCACAAACUGUGUAGUGUCAGACCUGAUUAUGGGAAAUGAGUAUUUUUUUCGAAUCUUCAGUGAAAAUUUGUGUGGAUUGAGUGAAACUGCUGCAACCACCAAAAAUCCUGCCUACAUCCAAAAAACAGGCUCCACUUAUAAGCCACCUAGUUACAAAGAACAUGACUUCUCUGAACCUCCUAAAUUCACUCAUCCUUUAGUAAAUCGUUCUGUGAUUGCAGGAUACAACGCCACCCUCAGCUGUGCUGUAAGAGGAAUCCCCAAGCCAAAGAUAUUCUGGUACAAAAACAAAAUGGAUCUCUCCGGGGAUGCCAAAUACCGCAUGUUCAGUAAACAGGGUGUGUUGACCCUGGAGAUCCGGAAACCCACUCCAUUUGACAGUGGCUGUUACACCUGUAAAGCUGUUAAUGAGUGUGGUGAAGCUGAAAUAGAAUGCAGAUUGGAUGUCAGAGCACCUCAGUAAAACUCUGCAUCUCAAAUC